UCCUGCCCACGCGCGAGCAGAGCGGCCCGGGGCCCAGCCGCCUGCCUGCCUCUCACGUCUCUCUUUGUGCUGUUGUUUGUCGCCCCGCCCGGCCGCCCCCGCACCCCAGGGCCCAGGUCGCGCAAACCAAAGAAGAAGAACCCCAACAAAGAGGACAAGCGGCCCCGCACCGCCUUCACGGCCGAGCAGCUGCAGAGACUCAAAGCCGAGUUCCAGACCAACAGAUACUUGACGGAGCAGCGGCGGCAGAGCCUGGCCCAGGAACUCAGCCUCAACGAGUCCCAGAUCAAGAUCUGGUUUCAGAACAAGCGGGCCAAGAUCAAGAAGGCCACGGGCAGCAAGAACACGCUGGCGGUGCACCUGAUGGCGCAGGGACUCUACAACCACUCCACCACGGCGAAAGACGGCAAGUCCGACAGCGAGUAGGGCCGGGCGGGGCGGGCGCUGGGCGGCCGAGCUCAUCCCAUGCAAUAAUUUAAAGAGAGAAUAAAGCAGGACAAACAACCCGUGUGUACAGACGAGACCAGCAUCCGUAGCGGAGGGGCGCGGGGCUCUCAGAGCCCUGCGGUAGCCUGUGUAGAGGAGUCACAGGUAAGGGGCUGCUCCAAAUCCCACAGAUCUGACUACAACGUUAUUAUUAUUUUGCGGGAUUUCCUCCCCCCCUCCCCCCGGUGGGUUUCGGGUGGCUGCAGCUGGAGACGCUGUCUCGAUGGGGGGGUUUUUUGGUUGUUUUUUUUUUUUUAAACUGCUUAAGUGACAUUUUUUUUAUAGACUUAAGCGCUGUUUUCAUGGACCUUGGACGCUGUUUUUUGGAAAUUAAAAAAAAAAAAGAAAAAAGAAAAAAAAAACAACUUUUGCUGAAGUCCAAAGAUUUUUAUUGCUGCAUUUCACACGACUGUGAACCGAAUAAAUAGUUCUCCUAUU